AAAAUGGAACCGCCAACGCCAUCUUUAACAUCAAUGAACAGAACAACAUUCUCUUUAUCGUCCUUUUCUUUUCUUUAAAUUUUUUUUAACCAGUAAGUAGUAACAAAACCUCUCUUUGAAUCCAAGUUUCCCUCAAAUCUGGGUUUCUGUUCUUUAAGCUUCACAGCUCCACAUUUCUUCUUUAUUCAUCAUUCAAGUGAGUUUGCUUUCACGGGUAGUUGCAAAUUCUUGGAUUUAUACUCACACAAGUAUUGUUUAAGGAUUAACAGACCAACCCUUUUUUUUAUUACACCAUCUAAAGAUUAGUUUCUUUCCCUAGUUCAGAACCUGUAUCUUCAAGAAGCUACUUCUUUUUUCUUCUCUUAUCUUCAUCCAUUUUUCUUUUCAACAUUUUGCUCUUUCUUGGGUUUCCCAUUUCUUGGUGGAUCCUUGGUGCUGGGUUAAUGAGUUCUUGUGGGUCUUCUUCGUUAAGUUUGAAAGAAGGUAGUGAUAAUUAGAGACUGGUGGAGAUUUUUUGCGGAGAAAAUGAAAUUACAUACUUCAUUACGACUUCUCUUUGUGAUUUUUCUUGUUCUUUUUGUGACCUGUGAGUCAUUUUCGAGAGAUGAAGUUUCGGCGCUUACAACCUUCAAAGAAGCUAUAUAUGAAGACCCACUUCUGGUUUUGUCUGAUUGGAACACCCUAGACGCAGAUCCUUGUGACUGGUCUGGCAUUUCCUGCAAUGUUUCUCGAGACCAUGUUUUAAAAAUAAACAUAUCUGGGUCAUCUAUGAGGGGAUUUCUUCCCCCCGAAUUGGGUCGGAUCACAUACCUGCAAGAACUAAUCUUGCAUGGUAAUAAUCUGAUCGGGUCAAUCCCAAAAGAGCUGGGAAUGCUCAAGUACCUCAAGGUUUUGGAUUUGGGAAUGAAUCGAUUAACGGGUCCUAUUCCUCCAGAGAUAGCUAAUCUAAACAGUGUUAUGAGAAUAAACCUUGAGUCCAAUGGGUUUACAGGACAUCUGCCUGCUGAAUUGGGCAAUUUGAAGUACCUUGAGGAGCUUCGGCUGGAUAGGAAUAGACUUCAAGGAGCCGUUCCUGCAGGUGUCAAUUCAGAUUUCCCUUCUAAUGCACACGGAAUGUACGCAUCAAGCGCAAAUUCAACUGGCCUGUGUCAAGCAUCACAGUUAAAAGUGAUAGAUUUAUCGUAUAACUUCUUUGUUGGGAGCAUACCUAAAUGCUUGAAUUAUAUUCCAAGCAUAAGCUUCCAGGGAAACUGCCUCCAAAACAGAGAUCCUAAACAGCGUUCGGCUGCACAAUGUGGUCACAAAUCACUCGCCAAAACCCAUCAAACAUUUAACCCAAAGCACCGGCCUGCUGAAAGUGCAUCCAAGCAGCAUCCAGGGGCAUCAAAACCUGCCUGGCUUUUGGCUCUAGAAAUCAUAACAGGAACCAUGGUUGGCUCUCUUUUCCUUGUUGCUGUUUUAACAGCAUUUCAAAGAUGUAAUAACAAAUCUUCUAUAAUAAUCCCUUGGAAGAAAUCAGUGAGUCAGAAUGACCAAAUGGCAGUAUACACAGAUUCAGAGCUGUUGAAAGAUGUAGUGAGAUUCAGUAGACAAGAGCUUGAAGUUGCUUGUGAAGACUUCAGCAACAUUAUUGGCUCUUCUCCAGACAGUGUGGUUUACAAGGGAACCAUGAAAGGUGGUUCUGAGAUUGCUGUUAUAUCCCUCUGCAUCAAAGAAGAACACUGGACAGGCUAUCUUGAGCUCUAUUUUCAGAAAGAGGUGGCAGAUUUGGCAAGAUUAAACCAUGAUAAUACAGGAAAAUUACUGGGCUACUGUAGAGAGAGCACUCCGUUUACGAGGAUGCUGAUUUUUGAAUACGCAUCAAAUGGAACACUGUAUGAGCACCUCCAUUGUAAGUCAAGUUUCUUUGUAAGGUCAUUAGUUUUGGGUUUAAUUAGCUCAAAGCUGAGCAGUCACCUUACUGCAUAUACAGAUGGAGAAGAAUGCCAGUUAUCUUGGUCGAGACGUAUGAGAAUUGUUAUAGGCAUUGCCCGUGGACUCAAAUACCUUCAUACAGAACUUGAUCCGCCAUUUACCAUAUCAGAGCUGAAUUCUAGUGCUGUGUAUCUCACAGAAGACUUUUCUGCCAAGCUGGUUGAUUUUGAAAGUUGGAAGAGUAUCCUUGCAAGAUCGGAGAAGAACUCAGGAUCCAUAGGCAGCCAAGGUGCUAUGUGUAUACUUCCAAAUUCUCUAGAGGGGCGCCAUCUUGACGUGCAAGGCAAUCUAUAUGCUUUCGGUGUGCUUUUGCUGGAAAUAAUCAGCGGGAGACCUCCCUACUCUAAGGACAAAGGAUGCCUGGUAGAUUGGGCCAGGGAGUAUCUUGAAAUGCCAGAAGUAAUGUCUUAUGUGGUGGAUCCUGAGUUGAAACAUUUUGGAUACGAGGACCUCAAAGUUAUAUGUGAAGUGAUAAGCCUCUGCAUCCAUCCGGAUCCUGCCAAGCGACCAUCCAUGGAGGAAGUAAGCAACAUGUUGGAGAGCAAAAUUGACACAUCCAUGUCCCUCGAGUUUAAGGCAUCUUCUUUAGCCUGGGCUGAGCUAGCACUGUCAUCGUGAUGAUCAAGUGGAAGGAACACAUUGUAAAUAGAUAUAUAGAGAGCUGUAAUAUUCAUUUUUCUUUUAUCACAGUUUGAGCUUUUUUUAAUCUGUGACUGUGGCCCUUGUAAUAGUCAUUUUUCUUUUCUUUUAUCAUUAUUCAUCAACAAUAAAUUACCACUAAUGCACUACUUGGUCUCUAUUCCUGAUAA